UGGCUGUGUACAUAACACAAUAUGAAUUCAGUUAUUCAUCAGGCCCAGAAAAGUAAAUGUGAAUUGAGUAUAAACGGGUAAAUACCAUGUCAUUUUACAGACGACGUUGUCAACAGAACUUGGUACAUAUAAACAGGAUUUCUCCACAAUGGAAACUGAGUUAGAAUUGUUGAGGAAACAAGAUGCAGAAAAUAGAGAAUUACUUAAGAAAACUUCGUCACAGUUGCAUAAAAAUAAAACAGAGCUAGGGACGACCAAAGAAAAUUUAACAGGUAACGUUUAAUAUGUUAAGCAUGGUUAGAUCAUGCAGAGGUUGUACAUGUUCUUGAAUGUGAGCUACUUCAAAAUGAUCAGGUUGUAUAGAACUCACUGCUGGGUUAAGCAGGAUUAGGUCAUGCAGAGGUAGUACAUGUUCUUGAAUGCUAGCUACCUUAAAGUGAUCUGAUGUUGUACAGAACUCACUUCUGAGUUAAGCAUAGUUAGAUCAUGCAGAGGUAGUACAUUUUUUUGAAUGCUAGCUACCUUAAAGUGAUCUGAUGUUGUACAGAACUCACUGCCGAGUUAAGCAUAGUUAGAUCAUGCAGAGGUAGUACAUGUUCUUGAAUGUGAGCUACCUUAAAGUCAUCUGAUGUUGUACAGAACUCACUGCUGAGGUAAGCAUGGUUAGAUCAUGCAGAGGUAGUACAUGUUCUUGAAUGUGGGCUACUUUAAAGUAAUCUGAUGUUGUACAGAACUCACUGCUGUGUUAAGUUAGAUCAUGCAGGGGUGAUGCACGUUCUUCAAUGUGGCCUCUUAUUCGUACCACAAUUAAUGAGAAAACUUAAUUUGAGUUGUUGAUUUUGAUAUUUUCUUUAUGGUAGAAAGAGAAGAGGAAGUUCAAAGAUUGUCAUCUUCAUUAAAGAAUCUCAAACAAGAACGUAAAAAAUUGGAAGGCAAUUUUACUUCACUCGAGGAAACUGUCAGUGAUUUGAAGCAAGAGAACGAAUCUUUGGAAAAGGUGAAUUGUUGGAAGAUUUGAUUAGAUUGUGUAUUGCAUUGCAUUGCAUUGCAUUGCAUUGCAUUGCAUUGCAUUGCAUUGCAUUGCAUUGCAUUACAUUACAACUUGUCAACAAGAUGUGUUCGCACCGCUUGUUUUCAGCUUGUUGACAACUUGCUACAAGGUUGUUGAACUCAACAGGCUUGUUACAAGUUAUUUCAACAACUUGUUAUCGUCCUGCGAUUCAACAAUUUGUCAACAAGUUGUGAGUGACAACCUUGUAGCAACUUGAUAAAAUAACAGCAUUGUUACAAUUUGUUGACAAGCUUGCUACAAUCCUGUUGCGAACACAUCUUGUUGACAAGUUGUGAGAUUUUUACGUGUGUACCUGUAAAAAACCUCAAUGUUUCAAGCGAAGUGUAUGAUAAAACAAUCUCCUGGACAUUGUAGAAUUUGGCAGAUCGUAAAAAGAAGCAUGCGGAAGUAAAGAAGAGAAUGGAUGAAGAAAUCGAGGAAUUAAAAUCUGCUCAUGAGGUAGGAUUAAUAUUUUGCGAGGAGUAUUUGGAAUCUUAACUCUUUGUUCAACAAUUUUCGACAUCCAUUGUAUUUUUAGGAAGAGCUGAACAGCCUCAAGGAAAGACAUCGUCGAGAAUUAACUUCGAGUAGCUCUUCGCUUUCACAACAGGUACAUAUUUUCUGUAUUCGUACUGCAUUUACAGGCUAGGCGAGGGACUUCGCCACUGGGGAGGGGGUGUGGGGAGUGUUACAGCUCUCCCCACUUCCCCAAUGAUUUAAAUUAAGUUCAAAUAGUUGGUUAAAAUGCAAAAUAUUUGGUCAAAAUAGUUGGUCAAAAUGGGAAAAAAUUGUUUUUCAAAUUGGUUUACAUUGCCAAAUAACUAAAGUAGUGCACAAAAAACGCAAACUUUUCAAUUUGUAAAAAUCCCACCUCCCAAGCAUUCAGUUUUUCCAUCACGAAUUUGAUGGAGUCAAACCUUUGAAAAGUUGGUCAAAAUAUCAGAACACCACCCCCUCCCCUCCCCCUCCCAAUGUUAAUGACUUCGCCUCCUGUGUAGAGGUCCAGUAAGGGCCAUUUCGUCUUAAUCAAGUUAUAUGAAAGAUCAUUUAGUGGCUUAUUCUGUUGUAUUCAGAUUUCUGAACUCGAGUCAGAAAUGGAGACGAAAUGGCAAGAGAAAUCCAAACAGAUGGUACAUCAAUGCGAAAAGAAAUGGCAGAGAAAGUACGACGACGUUGUUGAGGAAAGUGAAACGAUGAAGAAAAAGUUAACGGAAAAUGAGGAAAAAGUGAGUAUGUUUUUGUUUUGUGCCAGAGGAUUUCGUCACCAACACUUGUAGCCUGCGUAGGGGCGUUGUUAGGAGUGGGGGAGGGGAGAGCGAGGGAGGGGGGGAGCUUGGGGGAGGAAGGCGAGAGAAAGAGAGCGUGGUCACCUCACUUGUCUUUCAAACUGGGAGAUCCAGGUUCAAUCUUUGGUUGGACCUCUACUCAAGGUCUUAAAAUAAUUGAGGAGAAAGUGCUAUCUUUACAUUGACAUCAGUAAAUGGUUAGACUUUCGCGUCUUCUCAGAUAAGGACGUUAAAAUCGUAGAUACCUCGGAUCCCCUGUCAAUUGGGAAUCAAUUGGGCAAUAGCCUCACCAAUGAGUCCAGACUGCUAACUUUGCUAAUUGCGCACCGAAUAUGAUUUUGUUGCCAAAAAAUGUGCACUCAUGUUUCACUGGAGGGACAGAAUGCGCACUCAGGUGAUAAGUGAGGAAAUUCGCACAUCAAUGACAUCACUGAAGUAUCAACUUUUGAGUAGUUUUGAAAGUGCAUUUGUCAAAAAAAUAAAAAAAUUCUGUGCAAACUGCUCACAUAAUGCGCACCUGACUUCAAUUCUUAAAACACACGUAGUUCAUCUCGAAAAAUGCGCACGGAAUAUCUUCCGUGCGCACAGUAAAGUCUGGCAAUGAGUGGGAAACUGGAUAAAUGCAGUCAUUGACAAGUCGAGUUUAUUCAGUGCAAUUAAGGCGGAUUUACACUGUCAAAGAUUUUUUGCCAACGAUCAGUCUUUACCCAAGGUCCACAAGAUGUUUAAAUUACUCGAUCACCUCUGUCUUUUUAUAACACGUAAAAUAUUUAUUAUAGCAUUCAACAAUGAAAACAUCUCAGACGCGGCAUCUGCAAGAAAUUGAAGACCUGCAAGAAAAACUGAAAGAUUUGGAUGAAACACGGAAUAAAGUACGAUUAAUAAAAUAUUGAAUAGAAUAAUAUGUGUGAGUUCGCCGUAUGAGUUCACUUCGAUAAACCCUUGACGUUUUAUUCAAACUACCUGUAGUAGAUAGGAAAAUGUCCGGAGAUUGUUUCAUUCUAUGCAAACAUUUGUUCGUCAUUUCGCAUUCUCUUGUAGUACAUGAGUAUGAAGAAUUCCCAGGGUGAACAACAGCAAGAAAUGGACGACCUUCGAGAAAAAGUUAAAGACAUGGAAAAUACGCAAAGGAAAGUAAGUUCAAAAUAUAAUCUGAACAAUUUUAACAGUCAGGAGGAUGUUAUGAGACCAUUUAAUGAGGUUAAAUAGAUGUAAGCAAGGUUAACGACAGAUGUAUUAUGCAUGCAUGUUGAAUUCUGUUUGGGGGAAGCCCAUGACGUUCGUGGCGGCGCCCUGAUCGGAUCAAUUGGCUGUUUUUGUCUUGCCUUGUUGCAGCAAGUUGCGUUUGUUACCCCUUUCCCCACCUUUUUGUUUUAGUUAAACUUUGUUAGUUCAACAAGUACAAUGUAUAUACCACUAUAGACUGUAUUUUUCCAAUGACUCGUCAGUGUGACAGAUGCCGGAGGGAUGCCUUGGCAGAAUUGUCAUGGCGAACUCCUUUGCUGCUAUUUUACCGGUUGUUGCUAUAAUUGUUGCUGCUCUGUUGCCAUGCCAAUCCGUCUUGCCAGCAAGACGUUGCAGCCUUCGACCACGAACGACACCUACCUCCAAAUACCAAUACUAUAUAUGCCGUUAAACAAUGUUGUUGUUUUGAACAGUAUCAAGAUUUAAGAAUGAAAAGCAUUGAAAUGAAGGAAAAAUACGAACAAAGAUUACAGGAGUUGGUCAAGGUAUAAUAUUGGACAAAGAUUAAAUAUGAUCUUUAAGCAAAUUACAUUCACGGCUUAAUGGACCUAUUACCUAAUGAACAAAAUUUUGAUCUAGACAAGUCUAGACAUAAAUUUCAUCACAGCUUGAAAGAGCAUCACAAAAUUAGUAAUAUUCCGAAGUUUCGUCGCGAAAUGUUGUAAAUGCGGAUAAUAUAGGUUAUAUAGCACUGCGAAGUUUACUGUUUUUCAGUCAUUUUGUAUUACGCACGGGAAAUUUGACACCGCUUUCUGAAAAAAAGUAUCAAUUUCCCGCGCGUAAUACAAAAUGACUGAAAAACGGUAAACUUCGCAGGGCUAUAUUAUCCGCAUUUUACAACAUUUCGCAACGAAACUUCGGAAUAUUACUAAUUUUGUGAUGCUCUUUCAAGCCGUGAUGAAAUUUUUGUCUAGACUUGUCUAGAUCAAAAUUAUGUUCAUUAGGUAAUAGGUCCAUAUAUCGACACUUAAACUUAAUUUAUAUGACAAUCUCUUUGCCUUCGUUGUAUUUUGACUGCCAUUUUUUGUUAAUUUAGGAAAAGGAGAUUGCCGUGCAGGAAGCUCAACAGAAGUCGUCAGAAGAAAAACAAGAAGCUGCCGUACAGCAGCAAGCUUCUGAACCGUCCAGAGAUAAAAUUGUGAAUGAGGUCAAGCAAAUUAUGAACAAAGUGUUUUUCAAAAUACGGGAAGAAUUUGUCACUGGUGAUAAUUACAAAGGCUCGGCAAUUAUUUCUGUUGUACUAAACGUUAUUAAAGUAAGUAAAAAAAUGUUAUUAAUAAUCACAUUUAUGUAAUUUGAAAAAUUUUGGCUCAACAUAAUUUUUUUGAAUUAUCAAAAUAACUGAGUAAAAUAAAUCAUUUUAUGAAAUAAAAUUUGUUAAACUACUUUAAAGCCAAAGUAUCCGCCAUGUUGAAACGUCAUUGUUGCCAUAGCAGCGGCGUAACUUUUGUGAAACGUUUUAGAUGUUGUUUUUGUCAAACUCUUUAGAUGUUGUUUUAUAUUUGAGCAAGAUGGUUUUUGCUUACUUGUCCAAAAUUACGGAUUUAAAUAGCAAAUUUUCCAUUUUUAAAAGACUGUUUAAUAGCCAUGUUUUAUUGUAAAAUGUUACCUGCUUGUUUCUUUUGCAGACCAUGACGUUAAAACUGACUAGUGGGGAAGAUGAAGAAAGUGAAGAAGAGGAUGAAAGUGGAGAUGAAGAUGAAAGUGGCAGCGAGAAGCAAGAGGAAGGAGAGAUAAGUGAAGAAGAUGAAAGUGAAGAGGAUGGUGAUGAAAGUGAAAAAGAAGAUGGUGAUGAAGGUGAAAAAGAGGAAAUUGAAAACGGAAAAGUGGAAGAAAAAGAAAGUGGAGAAGAGGAGAAAGAGAAAAAUGAAAAUGUUGAAGUUCGGGAAGAUGUGAAAGAUGAAAGUGAAAAAGCGGAAGUUGAAGAAAGUGGAGGUGAUGGAAGUGGAGGUGAUGAGGAAGGAAGUGGAGGAGAUCUAAGUGAAAAAGAAGAUGAAAGUGGUGAAGAGGAAGGGAAGAAUGUAACUGGGAAUGAAAGGCAGGAGGAUGAAGUAAAGGAUGAAGAGGAAGAACAAAAAGCUGAUGUGAAUGAAAGUGACGUAAUCAAUGAUGAAGAUGAGAAUGGACAGAUGGAAGGAAGAGAUGAAAGAAUGGCAGAAGAUGACACUAGUGAAAAUAAAACCGAAAGUACCUCGAUAGGUAGUGAUGGUCAAGAAGAAGGAGUGGUGAUGGAUUCUGAGGGUCCUGCCAGGGUAACUGAGGAUAUAUCUCCACUACACCCCGCAAAGUAUAGUGAUAGCGAGGAUGAGGACCCGGGGGUGACUGAGGGUCCUCCACCAAGGGACCCCGAGGACACCGGCGAUCAUUUAGGGAUAGUGGAGCAAUAUGGUGGUGGUCUUUCAUUGACAGUAGGGAAUAAUGGAAGCUCAGAAGAAGAUCUUGAAACUAUAUCGAACAGACCAGUCCUUGGUUCCGAGCAUACUAGCAUCUCGUCUGACGAGGAAAAUGAUGGGAACACUGUGGAUAGAAAUGAUCAAGAUAAGGAUAGCCAGGGACCCUUGGUGUCUGAUCUGCCGAACGUAGAUGAACUAUCUGGUACAAGUAAGGAUAUCGAAGGGGGUGGUAGUGAGGGUGAAUCAAAGGAAGUCGAUGGUGAAGUUGAAAAUACGAGGGAAAAUGAAAAUGAUAAAGUGGAAAAUGGCGAGGCGGUGACAAGUGAAGUUGAGGUUGCGGCAGAAGAAAAAGAGGAGAAAAAAGUCCAGAGCCUGUCAGAGUAAGAAUAAUUUGAAGCAAUAUUAUCUGACACAAAAUAGUAGUAGAAUAUUGCUGCCACAGUGGUCAGCACAUGUGUUUUUACCUCAACAUGCUGUUAUACGAUUAUAAUUUCGUCUCAUGCGAGAAGAACUGUAGUUUGCUGAAUUUUUUCUUUCAGCUUCUUAAGUGAUGACGAAGAUGAUGUGGAAGGAUUGUUUGAUACUCCUGCACCAAAAACGAUUUCAACACCAGCAAAGAAAGAUGAGGUAUUUUUAGAUUUUUCAUCUUGCGCGUAUAUAUUUACAUCCUGCCUUGUUGUUUUAUCAUAUUGCAAACAGAUUGUUACUCGUUACUGGGGUGAGAGCUUUGAGCUUGGAACAUGGUAAUGUAGCACAGCCCAAGUAAGCUUUAUUCAUACCAAAGGAUUGCGUCGGUUCUAAACCGUUCUUCCUGGAGAUCCAGUAAGGAUCAUGUCCUAUUGAUCCAGUGUUACUAAACCUAAACUAAACAGGCUUUGUAUAGACUGGAUAGCUCUAUCAGUUCUAAACUGUUCUUCCUAAAGAUCCAAGAACGGUCAUCUCUUAUUGAUCCAGUGUUAUUACAGGGUCAAACUGGAAGCACUGUGCUCGAAUGCAACUGAGAUGAUUUCCGGGAAUGAAACCACAUAGCUACAUACACUAAGGCUGGGAUUACACUAUACCGGAUUGAUUUACAUACCGGAUUAAUUUUCACUCCGAAGUAAAAAACAAGGGUGUUUACACUAUACAUGCCGCUUCGCUCUAUUGCCAGCUCAUUUCUCGCUGUCGCCAUGGAAACAAGUAACACUUUUUGCCAGAAAACUAAAAUUUAUUAAAAACAAGAAGUAACACACGUUUUCUUUGUAAAGUAUAACUUUGUUUAAAAAGCUUGACUACCAGACGUUGCUUCGUUUCGCUCUAGUUCAAAAUUGACGAGUAUUUGCCCUAUCGAAAGCGAAAAGUCAAUGUUAUUAUCGUUUUCUUUAUUUGUCUUCGCCAGAAAUAGUAAAUGGUUGUAAGGCGAAACAAACAACAGCUUACAGCUCUAAAAUAUUGUAAAAGCAAGCAAAUAAAGGCGACAAUGGUAAAACGUACACGCCAAAACCGAUUUUGUACCGAAGCGUACCGGAUUGGCCUGCUUACACUGCUUCGGCACAUGUACAUACCGGAAUACUUUUCAUAUUAUCUCCAAAGCGGAGUGAUUUUUGCUCCGCGUCUCGUAUCGGAUUACUGUGGCGUAGUGUAAACAGCAUCCGAAUCCGGUGCGAAAAUCGCGACGCUCCGAUGCAAUCCGGUAUAGUGUAAACGGGGCCUAAGUAACCACAGUAUUUUAUCUCGCUUUCCCCAGGGUCCACCUCUGAAAGGAAUUCCCCCACCUCUCUUUGAUGACGAUGAUGACGACGACGACUUGGAUUGGUUCUCAUGACAAUUCCUAGAAAUUUUAGUGAAAUUUUAAAUUUGAAGACAAGAAAUGGUUUGACCUGUUAUUUUUGUCUUUAGUAAAUAAUAGUUCAUGUUUAUGAAUUUUCUACGUACGUGAUUUUCAAGAAAAAUUGAGUGAUGAGCGAUGACCACAGAUUAAAAAACAAUGAUCGAAUUCCUUGUAGUAACAUGUUUCAACAAGCUUUACAGUAUACUAUAAUUGAUAUAACGUUGAGACCUGGAUAUUUUUAAGGCCGUGUGCCAGUGACUUCGCUUGCGUGUCAUAAUUCCCCCAAUUUGAAUUACAGUCGUGCCAAUAGAAGUGUUCCGAAAAAUGUUGACCAGUUCAUUUCCUAACUUCGAGGAGUUCCUCUGAACAAUUCCUCAUCAAUUUGAUAAGUUCCUUAAAAAGUUCCUAACUUCCUGUUUCAUUGACCAAUCCGAUUGCUCAAAAAUAAAAUAUAAAAUUUGAUUGGUCAAUGAAACAGGAAGUUAGGAACUUUUUAAGGAACUUAUCACGUUGAGGAACCGUUCAGAGGUGUUCCUUCAAGUUAGGAAAUGAACUGGUCAACAUUUUUCGGAACACUUCCAUUGGCACGACUGUAAUACUACUGAAUCGUUCUCCAAAGAACAUGUGGUAACAACAAAGUCCCAGAAAACUAUUCACAAUUAAAUGUUUCAAAUAUUGGGAACCUUUCUUUCUGAGAACUUAGGUUUAGGGCUCAAUUUUUUCAAAAGAUUACAAUAAAUGUGACUGUGUAUGAAGCAAUAUAUCUUUAAGACUGACAGGAUUAAAACACAUUUCCACUGCAGGCUAUAUAAAUAUUUUUUAUGAAACUUUUCCGGUGUAAUGGACCAUUUGCAUCAAAAUAUAGCCUUGCGAAGUUUGCCGUUUUUCAGUCAUUUUGUAUUACGCACGGGAAAUUGGUAAUCAGUUGAUCAAACUGAUUAUCAAUUUCCAUUUGUAAUGCAAAAUGACUGAAAAACGGCAAACUUCGCAAGGCUAUAUUAUCCGCAUUUUACAACAUUUUGCAACGAAACUUUGGAAUAUUACUAAUUUUGUGAUGCUCUUUCAAGCUGUGAUGAAAUUUUUAUCUAGACCAAAAUUUAGUCUAUAAUGCAAAUGGUCCAUUGGCUUAUUGCAUUUUUAAUCCACACCCCGCCUAUAUGGAGGACAUCCAUUUUUUGGACCCCCUCCCUUGGAAUUCCGCAGAUGUUGAUGAAUUUCCUGCCUACCCCCUGGAAUUCCGCAGAUUUUUUACAAUUUUCCAGCCUACCCCAUGGAAUUUCCACAGAUUUUUAAUGAAUUUCUACCCAUCCCUUGGAAAUCCCACCGAUGGUUUUUGAUUUGUCUCUGGAAUUUCCACAUUUUUUGUUUAAUAGGUAACCAUCCCUUGGAAUUUCCAUGUUGUUUUUUUAACCCACCACGUGGAAUUCCCACAGAUUUUCUUUAAAAUUUAGACCCUCCUUUGGAAAUUCCUUCUUUUUUUGGUGAAUUUUAGGAAGGGGGUCUGGAAAUUCCAGUAUCUUCCAUAGGGGGGAGGGGGGGGGGAUCAAAAAUGAAAUAAGCCAUUUAGGUGUCGAGUUUAUAGUAGAUGAAUUAAGUGUUUACUGUAAUCAUUUCAAUUAUUAUGUAUGUAUAAUUUAUAUAUUCAAUCAGUCUAAUUUUCAGAAUUAGCUAUAAAACAUAAAAUGUAGAUCCAAAACAAUUUCUGGGAAUUCCGGGUUUCCGAUAUUUUUCCACCUUUGAGUCUCGUGGAAGUACAGGAACUACGUAUAUUCCUGUAACAGCUUGUAUAGGAUCUUUAAGACUUCCUGUUGGAUUCUGUAGAAUUUGGGUCAAAAUUUAAUCUUUACUGGAAAUUGUUGGAAUUCCUGUAUAGGAAUUCCAGUGGGAUUUCUCCCUAUGGAAAUUUACUAGAAAUUACGUAUAAAACGGCAAGAAAUCGUUGUCAGUCCAAACAGUCCUAGACCUAAAUGUCUUGAAUUAACUCUAACGAGAACAUGCAACAACAUCGCUUUAUCGCAUCACUGAUAUUUUCUACUAUGAAUUAAUAUGAUAAAUGAACAAUUCUCAUAAUUACAACAAUUUAAUUAUGUCGCACUCAUAACAAUAAUGAAUAACAAUGAUUUUCUUUAUUUGUGUUUAAUUGAAAUCAAAAUAUGAUCAAUAAAUUUUUUUAACUAUACUCUAUGUCUAUGAUUACGUCUAUGAUUAUAACAAGAAUUAAAACAAAACAUUUCUAUCUUCUACAGACAGUUAUUUGUUCAAAUUUUAACAAAAUGUAAACGUGCAUUUAUGCGCAUAUUAUAACCAAUUUACUGCUAAAAUUACUGCUUGCGUUUGAUUGAAAAUGUCAGCUGGUGCCGCGGUUGUUCAAAGCUGGAUUAGCUAACCCACGGGUUAAAAUUUAACCUUCUGUUUUAGUUUAUAUAUUUCUGCACGUCUGUUUAUUUCGAAACUUCAGAGAAGGAAAACUACUGAAUCCACACAAGAUUUUUGAAGAAAAAGAUUUCCAAAUUUGUAAACAAGGUCAAGGGAAGUUUGCUUUGAAUUUUAGGUGGAAAACCCUAUAGGGUAAAGCUAAUCGCGGCUUUCGAACAACGCUAGUCUUUUAUGUCUUAGACUUAGAGAACAAAACUACAGAACAAAGUUUAUCCUGUGAUAGAAAAUCAAAGUUAAACUGUUAAAUUAUACAAGACGAACUGUACAACUAUUCCAAUGGCAAUGGGCGGUCCAAUAACCGGACUACCACCAGUUCUUGCCAUGCUGAGCGAUUCAUCAGCAAGAACCUUCCAUGUAUUACUGCGGCAUUCAAGAUCUUGGCAUACUGUAGUCGCGAUGACACGAUAGCCUUGUUUGCUGCCAGAACCGUGAAAGCGCAGUUUGUUUCUGCGAACCGCCUCGACCAAAGUCAAAACGGUUUUGUUGAGGUUGACCACAGGGUCGGGUUCUAACUUCUGACUCAUUCUAUGUUCGUGUUUAUUGGCAAUAUAGAACACAAGUUUUAUAAUCGUGUUGUUCAUGAAUGUUUUGCCUAUUUUAGGAUACGCAAACCACACAAUGCCUUCUUUAUCCAGUUUAAAAUGUUUGGCGAUCUUUCUGCCUAGGUCUUCGCUUAAAAACUUUCGCUCUUGUACUUCCCUAAAUUUCUCAUGACGUUUUACAUAGAACACAAGUUUUCUUACUUGUCCUUGAUCUAAGUUGACUUUCCGAAAUUCAGUACAGUUCUCGAUUAUUUUAAGCAGCGCCAAGAGACUGUAUUGUACCUCUUCACUCGUCUGUCGUAAAUGCCAGAAAAUUCUCCACAAGUCUGUCAAAGGUAGUUUACAUAUUGUUGGAAUCGUCGCUGGAUAAGGUGAGUAGAAACAAUGUCUGUACGACGAAAUAGCGUAUUUUGUUAAAGAUUUGCAGUUUCGCCCGUUCGUUCCAUGCCAUUUCCUUAACAAAGGCACCAAAGUGACUUGUAAGCAUUUUCUUACGCCAUUUAUCCAUAUAUUCCCACCGCUGGACAAAUCUGAAUAUGGGUUUAGAUACAAGUCGCAUAGUCGUUCGGAAAAUGUUAUAAUUUCGUCCUUAAAAUUCGGCCUACAUGAAUAUCGUUUUCCUAAACACGUUCUAAACCAGCUGCAGUCCGCACCGGUUGGGCUGAAACACCACGAAGGCAGUAUAAUGGUGGGUUUUACAGUUUUUACACCUUUUCCAGCGUCUGUCUUCAGUCCAUCCCCAGUAGAACAUGUACAAGGGCUGGCAACUUUUCCAGAAUCGGCGCCGUGCUCCUCCAACAUACAUUGGUAUAUGCAAAUUGGUUGACCUUUUGCGCAGCCAUGACGACCCUUGGAUUUCUGCCGUAUGUACAAGUCCGUGACACAUGUAGACCACUGUUCGCCGUUGUAUCGAGAGAUGCGAAUACAAGCUGAACGUCCAAGAGUGGUAUUGUUGCAGCAGUUUGCUCUAUGUUCUGAUGCAAAAAUACACAGAACGAUAGAUACUAAUAAUUGUAACUUUUCAGAUACACAAGAAUUAGCCAUUUUAAAAAACCUUUUUCGACUAUAAAUUUUCGCUACGAACUGGAUAGGCUUGUGUACCUAACUUCGAAUUUAUCGCUUGGAGCUUCAGGAAUCUUCUGCUAUAGUUUCUCAACUUCGCGACGAGAGUGGCAUAUGGUGUA